AUGGAGGAGGCGAAGGGAUUCGAACCCCCGAAUACUUGUGUAUUAGUAGUUUUCAAGACUACCGCCUUUAAACCACUCGGCCACGCCUCCUACAAUCAAGAACUUGCAUCUGCUUUCUUGACGGCUUUCGUUAGUUUGAACGAGGAAAUAAUAAAACCCAACUUACAACAAAACAAGAUAAUUAUUAUUGACCGUUAUUUUGAUAGCACUCUGGUUUACCAGGGAGCCACCAACGAGACUGAUUUUAACAAAAUUUUUGGUAUGACGCCGCAACGAGACAUACUACGACCCGAUUUAACUUUCAUUUUAGACCUUGAUCCCCAAGCAGCCCAAAAAAGGCUCUGA